AUGAAGGAUUUUGUGGGGUUACAAUCAUUAUUUUUGUGCAUGAUUUUGGCUUUUUCUGGGCAAAAGUCAGUGUCCGUAGGAUGUACUUCUACAUUCUGGGCUGUGGUCGAACUGACUCUACUUAGUCAAGGUCACUUUUUGCAUUCUGACGCGAUGCCUCUGGGAACUGGUUGUCCUGUAACCAACAUAAUCCCUGAGAUGGGAUAUAAGUUUAAGUACCUUGUCACCGAGUGCAGGAUUCAGAAAGAGAAUGAGUUGAGUGGUAUUAAAAAGGUCUUUUUGUCCCAUUGGGUUUUCUCCUAUGGAGUGAUUUUUUACUCAGCUCUCCACUAUGCCAUCAUUCGCAAAGGAGUCACUGGAAGAAUUCCUUUAGUGUAUUUUGUUUCCAGGUGAGUAUAA